AUGUGGCGGGGCCGGGCUGGGGCGCUGCUGGCGGCCAUCGGGGCGCUGUGCCGGGCGCUGCCGCCGGGGAACCGGCCCGCCCCGGAGACCUUCCGCCUCGCCAAGUUCGACCAGCCCGAGGCGAGUUUGCAGAUUUGGAGGCUGCUGUAUUCUCUUCUAAAGCAAAUCCAUGACGGAGGAUGGACUGAGCCUGAUACCAUAGGCGCCCAAAUUAGGUUUGUAAAGUCAGUGUUACGGUACCACGGCUAUGGCAGGCCAGAAUUCUAUCAGCUCCCUUCCGAUGGCUCACAGGGUAGCAGAGAGUUGCUGCUGGCAUUUUCCUGGCUCCUAAACAGAAUCAGCCUGCUGGAGCGGCUACUGACUGUGAAUAGAGUGAAAAUCGGGGAUGAAGCCUCUGUGUGCACGUGUGAAGAUAAUCUCUCUAACAGCUGGAAGGACAGGACCGAAAUAGCACUCGAACCUUGUUUGAAAAGAGAAGUAGAUGUCAGAUAUCUCCAGUGGUUAACUGGCAGGCUGCGGUUCCAGUGGCGGAAUUUGCACGUUGACCAUCAGGAGCAAUGUAAACUCUUGCAUAAGAUUCAUUCUUACACUAGUGGCUGUCAUAUGGAUCAGACCAUCGGUCAUUUCUCUGUCACAGAAACCGAUCUCAUUAGACAACCAGAUAGCUACAAACAGUUGUUGCAGUUACUGGAGUCUGAAACCUCUCGAUUAGAAGCCUUUCUGGAAUGGAAACGACUGGAACCAGUUUAUUGGCACUGGAUGGAAACUGUAUUAGAUACCCUUGAUGAAGAUGCAAAUACAUUCAAGUCAGAAGAUGUUUGUAAAGAGAAAAACACUUUGCCAAAUGCUAACUUGUGUUGCCACAGUGCUAGCAAUAUUAUUGGAGAAAUUGACAAAUUGACCAAAGAUCUAGUGACUCUAUGUGAUGGACUGCAUGAGCUAGUAAAUUGCAAGAAGUCAGCAUGGUAUGAAAAGGUCAAAUCAAGAGAAAGAACACUUCCAGAUGAAAGGGAGUUUUGUGCUGCUGUCAGGACAAUAACAGAAGCUGUCAAGCUAAAACUAUCAGAUCUUAAAUACCAUUGUGCCCAUAAAAAAAAUGGAAUGCAUGGUCUGUACAGGCUGGUAUUUAAAGACAAGUGUUCUGCUAGCAAAACAGGUUUCCUCAGUUCGGUAUCGAAGGAGCCCAUUACAAAUGUUGUUAACGCCACAGAGAUGAUCAGUGAACUGCAAAUGGAAGAGGGCACUCUGAAGAGGGAGCUGAAGCGGCUGCAGGAAGAGUGCAGACACAAGCUAGAUGAGAUUGCAGAAGGGCUAGUUGGAGUGAUUUGUAUCCCACCUAUGAAGAGAUAAGUUCUCAUCAAGAAAGGACAAGGGAAUAGAGCUGUUUGAUCAGAAGACAUAUUAUAAACCGUGCCCUGAGAGUGGGUGAAAUGAAGAUCUGAAUGUGGUUCUAAUUCUCAGCCUUGAAAACACAAUUUGUCACUUCUUUAUAAUAUGCAUUGGGGCCAGAACACUGCACCCUUAAUGGUUCUGUCUGCUGCCCCUUAUUACUUACCUUACCAAUUAAAUUCUGCAGCAGGUGUUGGGGGGAGGCGGUGUUUUUAAAUCUCUCCUUCAUCUAGA